AGUCGAGAUUGAGUUGAAGUGAAAAGAAAAAUUAAGAACUGAACGAAAAUCAAGAAAAAAGUGAUUUAAAUCAAAAGAAUUUUAUAAAAAAAGGAAAAUAAAAUAAAUUUUGGAUUAAACAUGACAAAAGCUGGAGAUGGAUAUGAUGGGAUUGAAGAAAAUAAUUCAGAUAACGGAAGUGAGCAAAAUCCCGAGAAUCGAAGACGAGUCGAGCAGAAUUAUUAUCAAGGACAUGCGGCGCGAAACGAUGACGGCGAAGAAUCUGAGGAUUUGGACGAAAUUACGACGACAGACCACACAAUUCUCGUGCACGUUGACAAACCGAAGAAUUACGGCGCGAUGUCGUCUCAAAUUUUAUCCAACGAACGAUUGAAUUACAUGUGGAAAAAUAUCGAUGUGUUUGGUGAAGCACAACCAACUGACAUUCCAACACGGCGAAAAUUAUGGGAUCGCAUCAAAAGUUGCUGCAGUCGAUCGAAGAAGCAUGUCGUGCCGCGGAAACAUCUUCUGAAGAACGUUUGUGGCAUUGCACAGAGUGGGGAGUUGCUCGCAAUUUUAGGAUCCUCAGGUGCAGGAAAGACAACUUUGUUGAAUUCUUUGGCUUUUCGAUCGCCGCCAGGAGUUAAAAUUUCAUCGAGUGCUGUAAGGGCGUUAAAUGGAGUGCCUGUUGAUGCAAAAGCGAUGAGAGCUAGAUGUGCGUAUGUGCAACAAGAUGAUCUUUUUAUUGGAUCGUUGACGACGAAGGAGCAUUUGAUAUUUCAAGCAAUUUUACGAAUGGGCAACUCAUUCUCCUACAAACAAAAACUUUUGCGAGUGAAUGAAGUAAUUUCUGAACUAUCUCUCACAAAAUGUGCUGACACAAUUAUCGGAGUGCCCGGCGUCGUCAAAGGUCUCUCAGGAGGCGAAAGAAAACGUCUUGCUUUUGCUUCAGAAGCCCUCACUGAUCCAAAUUUACUGUUAUGUGACGAACCAACUUCCGGUUUGGAUUCCUUCAUGGCUGCCAAUGUCUUGACUGUCCUGAAAAAUUUAGCAAACAAAGGAAAAACCAUCAUUCUAACCAUUCAUCAACCCAGCUCCGAACUUUUCAGUCUUUUCGACAAAAUUCUCCUCAUGGCAGAGGGACGAGUUGCGUUUCUUGGCACUCCAAUGCAAGCAUCGCAAUUUUUCACCGAUUUGGGAUCCCCCUGCCCGUCAAAUUACAAUCCUGCGGAUUAUUACGUGCAAAAAUUAGCAAUUGCUCCGAAUGCAGAAUUGGAGUGUCGUGCCAAUAUUAAAGCUGUUUGUGAUGCAUUUUCAGUGUCGAGCUUGGCACGAGGGAUUAACGAGCAAAUUGUCAUUCAUCGGGCAGAAUCGCUUUAUUUGCAUCCUUUGGAGAAAUUUUCAUCGGGCGGAUAUCGAGCUUCUUGGUGGACUCAGUUUGUCGCUAUUUUAUGGAGAUCGUGGUUGAGUGUGUUGAAGGAACCAAUGUUGGUUAAAGUUAGAUUGUUACAGACGACGAUGGUUGCCUUACUCAUCGGAGUGAUUUUUUAUGGACAAACAUUAACGCAAGACGGCGUAAUGAACAUCAAUGGUGCAAUUUUCCUUUAUUUGACGAACAUGACUUUCCAAAAUGUCUUCGCAGUAAUUAAUGUAUUUUGUGUCGAACUUCCUGUUUUCAUGCGAGAAUCCCGUUCGAGACUAUACCGAACAGAUACUUACUUCCUUGGGAAAACAAUUGCCGAAUUGCCACUUUUCAUUCUCGUUCCUUUUGUGUUCACCGCGCUUUCGUAUCCGUUAAUUGGCUUGCAACCGGGAUGGGGACAUUUCUUCAUCGCAUUCGGAAUUAUCACUUUAAUUUGCAACGUUGCAACAUCAUUCGGUUACCUGAUUUCAUGUGCGAGUUCCUCAAUUUCAAUGGCAUUAUCUGUCGGUCCUCCCGUUAUCAUUCCCUUCCUCAUUUUUGGCGGAUUUUUCCUCAAUUCUGGAUCCGUGCCGCAAUAUUUCAAGUGGUUAUCGUAUCUUUCGUGGUUCCGUUAUGGCAAUGAGGCUCUUUUGAUAAAUCAAUGGGCGAGUGUUAAGGAAGGCGAAAUUCAUUGUAAUCGAUUGAACUCGACGUGUCCUGCUUCGGGCAAAGUUGUUCUCGAAACGUUAAACUUUUCAGAGUCAAAUUAUUUGUUGGAUAUCAUGGCGAUGUUGGGACUGAUUGUUUUGUUCAGAGUAAUGGCUUUUAUCGCUCUUCACUUGAGAGCUCGAAGCAAGGAGUAGAAAGCUGAACAAGAAUAAUUUUUUAAGUUAGAAGCUGCCAUAAAACCAUUAUUUUAUUGAAAAUUGUUCAUUUUUAAGUUCUUGAUAGAAAAUUCACGAGAUUUUGUUAAUGUAAAAAUUAAUUAGAAAAAAAUGAAAAAUAAAUUUUUAAUAUAUAUUGA